AUGGCGGUGAGCAAGGUAGAGAAUGACCAAGUACAUGUCGAUCCACAGCUUCUGUUUCAGAGGUUAGUCUUUGCACGUAAUACCGUUGAUGAUUUAGAAGAAGUAUUUCAAUACGAGCUUUGUAGUUAUCCAGCAGCCUUGUUCGAUUCCCCGCUAACGUUGCGACAGCCUCAGAAGUCUAAUCUUGCAGACACAUUGUGGGAAAUGCUGUCACCUGAUGCUAAGGCCGGCCCGGUCGGCGAAACCAAAUUCGUCAUUGAUGGAGGAGCUCUUCUUCAUCGCGUACCAUGGCCAAAGAAAGCAAGCUAUAAAGAAUUAUGCCAGAAGUACUGCCACUAUGUAAAGCAGAAAUAUGGGGCAGGAAGUUGUAUUGUUUUUGACGGUUAUGAUAACCCAUCUACUAAGAACAUGGCGCAACAACGAAGAUCAUCCGGAAAGGUUGGGGCAACAGUGUCAUUCGAAGCUGACAUGAAAAUAACAAUGAAAACAGAUGUAUUCCUGGCUAAUAUACACAAUAAGAAACGACUUAUACCUACUCUUCGAAAUUAUCUGGAUUUGAAUGGCUGUACUACACUCCAAGCCGAUGGCGACGCUGAUCUUCUUAUAGUAAAGUCAGCUGUUUCAUGCCAUGAAAUCUCCUACCGUUCUUGUUGGAGAUGA